CGCUGCUGGAACGGUGGCCACGGCGGACGACGCAGCAGUUUUACUCGCCAGUAUAGGCGACGCGGGAACGGCAGGCACGACGGAGGCUGCGGUGCUCGAUGCAGAAGCUUUGCACGCAGGUACAGGCGACGCAGGAGCAGCGAGCUCGGCGGAGUCCACGAGAGGGCUCGCGGUGUGAUCGGCCUUGAAGGCCAGAAACUCUGAGGCGAGCUGUGGGUGGCGAAGUCGGAGGAAUUCCGCGAAUACAGCGUCCAUGAUCGCUGAGUGCCCAGGUGGGGCGGCCCCGGGUCUUGAAAACACUCGCCUUGCGGCGAGGCCCCAACUUCUCGGACCUGAGCGGUUCUAUUGAACACAGGUGGCGAUGCGGCACGAUUACUACAGGACAAAGAAAAAACACAACAAAACGGAAAUAACAAAAAGAAACAGAACAAUUAAACACUUCCAGGAAAACAGUUUGUCGGCAGAUGUACCACGAACACAGAAACAACAAAAGGAAACAAAACAAAUAAAAACUUCCAGGAAGAGCACUUAGUCGGCAGAUGUACCACGAACACAGGCCGCGCGAACAAUGGCCGGGCUAACAAAAGCCGGGCGAACAAAGACCGGGCAAUCGAGUGGUCGAUGAGCACGUCCGCACGUGACGGGUGCCUCUAUCGGAAUGACACAUAUUCUCUGCCUCAGCAGCCGGAAAUUAACGAUCAGUUCGACAAAACAAGUCCAACCUCCUUAGCUACCACUAGUGCGUCAAUAUCGAACACAGUACGAAGGAAUAAUCCCGAGACAAUCACCACGAGUCUGUAUAAAACUUUGACAACACCGAUUUUUAGAAUAGUUUCUAUACCUAAAGUGGCUACAGUGUUGAGGAACAUUGGAACGUGCAUUGUAAACGGAGCAAUGGAAUUAAUAUCAUUUUAUCUACCCGCUCCGCUGAUGCCAUUAGUCGCGUCUGCCGCCGGCUUCAUGAUACCAUUCGAGCCAGUCGUGAUGCUAAAAGAGAAAAUGCCGGUCAACAGUUACAGGAGAGCUUUGAGAACCGCUGUGAAUUCUUUCAUGGGAACCUUUGAUAAGUAUAAAGUUAACGAAGACCUGGAUCCGUAUAUGACUGGGAGAUUUAAUAGAAGAUUUAAUCGGGAUUCGAAGGAGAGGAAAGAUUUAGAAUGAUUUGAAUCUAGAUUUUAUAAAAUGUAAACUGGUUGUGUUCUUUUCCAUCUAUCAUAAGAUAAUUUUGUUUAGAGCAUAAUAUAAUAUAAUAAUAUAUUUAAUGGUUAUGCAUAUUAAAGAACAACACUAUCCAGAAGAAA